GUUAGAAAUAUAUGGAAUAAAAAGUACCUCUACCUCACAUCCACGAUUAGCAUCAUUGUAUACACAGUCGUCUGAAGAUGGACCGGCCACUUUCUCACCAGAGAGGCUUUCACCAACCCAUGUGGAGCUCACAGGGAGCGCCAGUCCCGCCUGCAGGCCCGCCGAAAGUUGUGCUUAUAGCUUCAUCAUCUUCGAGCUCUAGUUCGAGUUCUUCCGCCAAUCGUCCUGCACCUGGUUUCGCCAACCCAGGAGAUCUUCCGGGAGUUAUGAUCGGUGAUCUUCCUGUGAAUAUCAAAGAAAAUGAUCUGCGCGCCGCUUUUUCGAAAUGUGGUACCGUGGCACACGUGCGUCUUCCCCGCGAUCGCGCUAGUUAUGAAAAUCAUGCGAUUGCUUCGUGUGUAUCUAACAACUUGAACUUGUGGUAAGAAGUAGGUGUCAACAACAAGUUCAACAGUCUCGUCACAACAUCAGCGGAGACGCAUUCUGACAAAGAAUGGAAGAGUAAGAGAGUAUUGAAAUAGAAAUCACCAGUGCAGGAUGAUCACAAUCAUGAUAUGGGUAUUCUCGUUCAGCAUGAUAGACAGCAUCAUCAAGUUACAGCCGCUCUAAGAAGACAACAAAAUACGAGGCUUCGGUUUCGUGCGAUUUGGUUCAAAAAAGGACGUCGAGACUGCCCUUAAAGAGGGAGUUCAGUUACCUGGUGGACCCUACAUUGAUUUCGAUUCCAAGAAAGAGUGCAACUUUCGCUUUCGCGGUUUGCGGCGGGAUCUUACGUCAAACGCCUAGAAAUACAAGAAGUGAAAUCGAAAUAUUGUGCGUCCGCGUUGUCUGCUCUAAUAAACUACUUACAAGAUUUUAUUGCAACACGACUGGCAAUAAAUGUAAAAGAGCAUGAAACUAGGUGAUUCUACCUGCUUGUAGCUGCAUGACGCAAACCUCGCUUUAUUUGUAGAAGAUACUCUUAUCUCCAUCGACGUGCUCUAAUAUGCGUGAUCCUGAUAGUGAUAGUGGGGAUUCGGCAGCCGCAGGAACCAAGAAGCCUGUGUACUACGUGCGCGCGCCAAAGCGACAGUAUAAAGCGGAGCACCAGGCCGAAAAUGUCUUGCCAAUGAUUAAGGAAUGGACUUUUGAACUUCUACUCAUAUGACAAUGAAUUAACGACUGCUCCUUUUGAAGGUUUUUUGCUGUUAUUGUUUUGAACUAAGUGAGUACAAGAACUAGCACAAAAAAUAUUAGAAAUGGCGUCUUCGAUGACACUUCACAACGAACAGAAGAAAAGCUCUAACUCUGUGUUGCGACUUCGAAACCAGAUGAAUGAGUCCCCAGGAGCACGCGAGAAGAAGCGAGAUUCGAAAAUCUUUCACGACAAGAUCGAAAAGGAGCGACCGUAUAAUCGUCCUCGCAGUUUGGAGCAACUGCUUGUAAACUUCGACUCUGAUCGCAGAAUCGGGCAAAAGCGCAAAAUGCCUGUUCGCGACUACAGUUCCGGUGCCGCGGCCGUGAGGGAAAAGCUAGCCGCCGAGAAGGCUGCACGCAGGCGCAAACGAAGAGCGGAGCAACGUGACCAGGAUAUCAAUGCUGAAGACGCAGACGAUGAUGCGACUGGGAGGAAGCGGACGAAAUUGAACCAAGAAGGCAAGAUGCUCCUUGGUGGAGCAAUAAAGCAAGCGGAGAGGACAGGUGCGACGCUCGCCUCGAAACAGGAAAGCCGGUCCUCGAGCCUCUCCGCCGCCAGUUACCACAGCGAGCUGUCUUCUAGUGAGUUCCAGUUUUCUAACCCGUCUCCCGUAGCUAGUGAAGACGACUCUGACUGUCUCCCAAUUGCGCCAGACCUUCGACUGAAACUGAAUAAGAAGGUCUUUCCAAUUGCGCCAGACCUUCGACUGACACUGAACUUAAGGGUAGGUUAAAGGUGUUCUUGUUACCGUUCGUUUUGCCUCUCUGAAGGGGGAAAGGCAUAACGAACGGGGUGAACGUCGAACACCAAAACCCUACCGCUAAUGAACCAGAUCAUUAAGGACCUUACGGAUUGCAUUGAACAUGGCAUGUUCAACUGCGACGAUGAUGAUGACCCCAGUCUGGCUGAGCAAAUGUACUUUCCCGGGGCUUCAGAGGAUCGCAGUAUGGAAAGCUACGCUGAGUCGAAAAAACACCUCUGGUAUUUUUAUUCCAAAUCGCACUACUUCCAUUUGUUGUACUUCUUGAUCGAACAACAGUAUUGUUUCUGCCAAGUCUGGGGCUAAUUUCGCCGCGAACAAUCUUUGAUGGAGUGUGAUAUGCUACUCACAGUUUGACCUCUGAACGGACUUUUGGUUCGUACGGUAGAUCUACAACAAUAUCUACAGGCCUGACGCGGAUCCGUGUGAUAUUGUGUGUGCUUUGAUGACAAUGCGCGCAAGUUUUGAGGAUUACUCGGACGAGGAAGUGCAGUACGAGUAUCCGGGGAAAUUGAAGGAAAAGAAGACAUCUGAAGCAGCAGCGCGAUCGUGCCAUAACGCAGCUUUAACAUCAUCCGCCACAGCUUCAAUUUUAGACAAGAAGAAGCAGUUUGACGAAGACGACAAGAACAAGGAGAAUCAAGAAACGGACAACGUGGGCAACGUUGUAGUCGCGCAGAAUCGGGACCAGAAAGAAGUAGCUUCUCUCCUCAGAGCAGCAGAGCAGAGCAACAAGGGAGUUGGAAACAAAGUAAACAAGGAGCAACAUCAGAAGACAACUGCAGCUGCAGGUCGCGCAGUAAAUGAUGAAGACGACAGCGACGAUGAAGAUGAUGAACGCAGUUUGAGCUGCGUCUCCGAGCCUCCUGCGUCCGCCAAGGGGACAAUCAGCAUCUUUUCGCGCCGCGGUCGAGUGAUGGCUCACAAUCAUGCGCUUAGAAUGGUCGGCAAGGCACUGGAUGAAUUCGAGCGAACAGGCAAAUGGACAGAUCCGGACGGGAAGCGCAGAGGUACUUAAAUCUUCUUUUCGCAGCCACACAGAACAAGAGCAUCCUUAGACUUCGUGUCGUUUGAUUACCGUAGACAUCAUAUUGAUAUUUUGGUACUUGUCUCAUCCAUGGCUGCUGGUCAUUUGAAAUCCGGCCAAGUGAUUCCUAUAAGAUCACUUUAACAUCACCCGCUGUUCUCCUCCUCUAACGUCGCUUUCAGCUUAAAUCUUAUAGCGAUUGCAUUGAAAUUAACCAGGUUUGGGCUCUUGCAGUAGAUCAUCCAGCUACGACAGCAGAAAGCCACUGGGUUUGGCCUGGCGCAACGCUAUGAAGGGAAUUUCGAAUGGUCGUUCGGUGGUGCGUUUCACGGGACGAGAUUCAAGCAAAGGAAAGGCCCAGAGGCAUGAUGACAAAAGCGACACGAAAAAGAAGGCUUCGCACACGAACGCCAACGGCCAGACUGCGAAGAUAAAAACCGUUGCAGCCAGGUAUGGGCUCGAAAGCGACGACGAUGCCGAGGACUCAUACAACGGAAGCAUGUUUUCUCACAUGUUAUGGCUGGUCGGAAUCUUCAAAAAUCACCACCCCAACUAGAAAAAAUUGUAGGAAAAAUUAGAUUACUGCGUGGUCUACACCUUUGUCUAAAUCUAUUUGAAAGAAGCUGCUAUAGCUAUUUGAAGACAAUGCCUAGGCAUUCACUAAUCACUUUCGACGAAUACGAGGCCCUCAUGUAUAGCAUGGGCGACGAUGGUUUGUAAAAGGGCGCGAGCAAGGCACUCAAUGUUGGGAAUUCACCUGGUCCGAUAUAAUAAGCAUAUUUAUACAUAGUAGUUCGUGGUGACGGCAUUCAAAUUAUUCUUUCGCAGACCUAUAUGGCGAAGCUCGAAGACAGAUAAAACAUUAUGACAUUCAUUAUACCAGCUACAUGUAAUGAGUAUGAGAAUCGAACAUACAACACUCUUGGAUUGCAUAAUGUCACAGCAUCGAGAAAAUGAACCAACCGCAUUGGUCGAAGUAUUAAGUACUUAAGAAGAAUUUCGGACUCCUGGAUGAUUACACGUAGACGAUGAACGAAAAAAUAGAAGCCUCAUUCUUGUUAUCAGGACACUUGUGCGCAUAAUUCCACAGUCGUCGUAAGAAAAGUUUUUGGUACAGCUAGUACUCUUGAUAACGAACAAGAAGAAGUUGUAGUGAAGUAUCCGUUUAUAUUUAUUCGACUUGAUCGUAAAAAUACAAUACCUUCAUAAUUCCCAGUAUAAUCUUAGUCUAAUGGCGAAAUAGUGACAAUGUACAAAGAAGUUAGUCUCAUCGAAGAUAUCAUUUACUUCGGGUUCCUUUUGAUAUGUUUAUUCCAAAUACACUUUCGAAAGAACAAGAUCGAGAAAUUGGAGAGUUUCUAUAGAUGGAGAAAAAUGUAAAAAGAGUACCGAGUACCCUGGCGAAUAGCAAUCAACAACUGUUUUUCAUCAUGAGGGUAAAACAAAUUUGCAAUCGAGACCACAUUGAACACGUGCACUUUGUAUGGUAAAAAGGUUUUGUGGGAUCGCCAGCAGCUUAGCGAGCCAGUCAACUGGAACUGAGUGUAGUGAAGUUUCAAAUAAGCCGUGAAGAUGAAGACUACACAAGUU